AUGAUUAUUUUAACAUCGAGGUCAAACAGUUUAAACAUGUAUCUUACAAACACUAUAACACUUACUAAGAUACUAUACCUGGUAGAGGUAAGGAAACCGAAGCGUGCAAGGAACACAAAGCGCUGUCAGGCUCAAACCUACGCGGCGGUGUUCGACAGAAAAGUACGCUUUGGUGGCCUUCUGCGUCCUUCUGCGCUCAAAGCUCUGCGGGAGGACGCAGCGUAA